UUCAAAAAAGCCUUUGGCAGCCCUGCUCGGGUUCGGCGUGGACGGGCGAAUUUUUCGUCCGCUGCUUUCUUUUCACGUUUACCGUCAGGCUAGUGAUAUCCUGUUUGUGCAAAUCGCUGGUGAAAACCAAGCUUUUCUAGCAGGAUUUCAACACACACAUCAUGGUUGAGAAGAAGGUCGCCGCUGUCAAAGUGAAGCCCACCCCAGCUAAUGGCGGAAAGGGCCAGAAGAAGCAGCUGCUCCGGGGCAAGAAUGUCCAGAAGAAAAAGAAGGAGCACCUGCGGUUCGGUGUCGACUGCACCAACAUCGCCGAGGACAACAUUAUGGAUGUUGCCGACUUCGAGAAGUACCUGAAGGAGCGCUUCAAGGUUAACGGCAAGAUCGGAAACCUCGGCAACUCGGUCUCUUUCGAGCGCCAGAAGAUGAAGGUGUACGUCAACUCCGACGUUCACUACUCGAAGCGUUACCUCAAGUACUUGACCAAGAAGUAUCUGAAGAAGAACAGCCUGCGCGACUGGAUCCGUGUUGUGUCCAACGACAAAGAUCUGUACGAGCUGCGCUACUUCCGAAUCAGCUCCAACGAUGAUGAGGAAGACGAUGCCGAGUAAACUCUGUUGUUUUAUGAUUCCCGGGAAUGUGUACACGUCUGUGACGGUCGGAAGUGGUGAAUAAAUGUCCAAGGUGGCCACAUAGCCAAGAGGUCGCUUUGGAAAAACGGAAAA